AACACAAUCCUACAUGGGAGUAUUCAACAGUUUAUUUUGUUCAUCAAUCUGCUCCAGGAUGUUCUCCGCUGGACAAGCUCGUCUGAAGAACCACAACUCAGAUGAACAGCGAUCAGCAGCCGACCUGGUGCUCAGCAGCCUUUAGUCUUUUGUUUGCCUGCCCUCCCAUCUGCUGCGCGCCUCGUUCUCACCGCCUCACAAGAGGAGUGUGAGACACACGGAACAGACAGGAUCGGGUCUAGGUGUGCACAACAAGGGAGCAGACAGCAGGAGACCCAUGAAUGGAAAGAGAUGCUUUCCCUUUCGGUGAAACAUAAAUUGUCAUUAGGAUAAAGACGUGGAGAUAAUCGAUCCACUGUCUCUUCUCCUUCUCCGUCCUGGAAGGAGGAAGCGGGCUCGCCAUCGGGUGGAUGAACUGGUCGGCAACAGGAGGGGAGUGAUCCAGGAGACGGUGGGUCCCUGUGUCUCCGGGCUCUGGACCAGGCGCUGUCCCUUCAGCACCGCGGUCACCUUGCUGUGAAUGUCAACAGCUGAGUGAUCUAUUGCCUCUCCUCCUCCCGGUCCAUGCCGUGGAUAUAUUGGGGUGGAACCCGUUUGAACAAGCACAGUCGGGGUUUGUUGGAUACACCGAUGAUGAGACGACCGUUCUAAAUGUGAGACCAUCGGCGACACUCGUUUUAGAUUCAGAGUUCAACCCCUCCAGGGAGCCCAGCGACUGAACCCGGCGUGCGUAAUCUACACACACGCAGACGCUCGGAGAGAUAUUGGGUGGAAUUAAUAGCAGACGGGGGGUCGAAGGAGAGCUCCCCAAUGCAUCGUAAGCAUCAUUGGGUCGUUAUCACUGACAGACGGAUGUUUUUUUAGUAGCUCCUUCUCUGCUCUAGGUGCGCCUCUCCCCGCUCGUCCACUGGGUGCUGCUGCAUGUGUUGCAUGCAUGCGUUCGGCUGCGCGGAGAGUUGCCGUUGUGAUGAAGGGAACUUAUAGGAGAAAUGCCUAGGGGACGCAAUGGGCUUGAGCGACGACAAGGAUCGCAUUGUUAUAAACGUGGGAGGGAUCAGACAUCAGACCUACCGCAGCACCCUGCGCACCCUACCUGGCACCCGCUUGUCUUGGCUGGCCGAGCCCGACGCGCCCAACCACUUUGACUAUGACGCCAACAUCGAGGAGUUCUUCUUCGACCGACACCCGGGCGUCUUCGCGCACAUCCUCAACUACUACCGAACAGGUAAGCUGCACUGCCCCGCGGACGUGUGCGGUCCCCUCUACGAAGAGGAGCUGGCCUUCUGGGGCAUCGACGAGACGGACGUGGAGCCAUGCUGCUGGAUGACGUACCGCCAGCACCGGGAGGCCGAGGAGGCCCUCGACAGCUUCGCCGGGGGGGCCCUGCUGGACCUGGGCAACGAUGACCCCACCGAGCAGGACGUGGAGCACGGGGAGGUGGACGAGGCGGACGAGAUGACGCGGAGACUGGCGCUGGGAGACACGGCGGGGGUCCGGCACGGCGGCUCGUGGGGCAGGUGGCAGAGACGGGUCUGGGCUCUGUUUGAGGACCCCUACUCCUCCAAAUAUGCAAGGUGGAUUGCUCUGGCCUCGCUCUUCUUCAUCCUCGUUUCCAUCACCACCUUCUGCCUGGAGACCCACGAGGCCUUCAACCCCAUCAUCAACCGCACCGAGGUGGAAACGGUGGACAAUGUGACGGUGGAGCACAUCUACUCCGAGAUGGAGACGGUGGCGUUCCUCACCUACAUCGAGGGCGUCUGCGUCACCUGGUUCACCUUCGAGUUCCUCAUGCGAAUAACGUUCUGUCCCAACAAGCUGGACUUCAUCCGCAACGCCCUGAACAUCAUCGACUUCGUGGCCAUCGUGCCCUUCUACCUGGAGGUGGGCCUCAGCGGCCUGUCCUCCAAGACGGCCAAGGACGUGCUGGGCUUCCUGCGCGUGGUCCGCUUUGUGCGCAUCCUGCGCAUCUUCAAGCUGACGCGUCACUUCGUGGGGCUGCGCGUGCUCGGCCACACGCUGCGCGCCAGCACCAACGAGUUCCUGCUGCUCAUCAUCUUCCUGGCGCUGGGCGUGCUGAUCUUCGCCACCAUGAUCUACUACGCCGAGCGCAUCGGCGCCAACCCCAACGACCCCCACGCCAGCAACCACACUCACUUCAAGAACAUCCCCAUCGGCUUCUGGUGGGCGGUGGUGACCAUGACCACGCUGGGCUACGGGGACAUGUACCCCCAGACCACCUCCGGCAUGCUGGUGGGGGCACUGUGUGCGCUGGCCGGGGUGCUCACCAUCGCCAUGCCAGUGCCCGUCAUUGUCAACAACUUCGGGAUGUACUACUCCCUGGCCAUGGCCAAGCAGAAGCUGCCCAAGAAGAAGAACAAGCACAUCCCGCGGGCCCCACGGCCCGGCUCGCCCGACUACUGUAAGUCCAGCAUCAGCUCCCAGCACCAGAGCCCCAUCGCCCACGACGACGUCUUUGAGAUCAAGUUCCAAGAGUCCAAGCUGAACGGCGAGGCGGCCGACGCGGCUCUGGCAGACGAGGACUGCCCCCACAUCGACCAGGCCGUCUCCCCCGAGGAGACCUUCAACCCCAGCGACGGCGAGCGGCCCUGCUACCUGGUGCCCAAGGCGGAGCGGCCCAGCCACGCCGGGGGCAAAGGGAGGAGGGAGACCCACCGAGCGCCACGGAGCAGACCAGCAACAGAAUCAGUUUGUGUAAUGAACCAUGGUGUACCGACCACUAUGUGUAUGACCCAUAACAGCCCAGCCCCUACCUAAUACAGCUCUAGUGUGGGACUGUGUGUGUGUGUGUGUGUGUGUGUGUGUGUGUGUGUGUGUGUGUGUGUGUGUGUGUGUGUGUGUGUGUGUGUCUCAGUAUUUGGAUAAGGGGUGUAACAUUGACAACCUGUACAUCCCAAACUCAGCAUAGAUGUAGCAGAGAGUUUUGUUGUCAAGCCUUACGUAGAUCAGUAUCUGUGACUGGUUACUGUGUUGUAACUUUGUGUGCCAUUUUUGGUGUGUGCCAGUGCUGUAUAUUUCUAUAUCUGCUUUUGUGUGCUGAAGUUGUGUAUACCAAUGUUUUGCGUGAUCAUCAACUAUAUGUGUGCAUCUUCAGGCAAAAAAGAAAAUGAAGCUUAACAAUGUACAGUUGCUCAGUGUUCAUCACCCUAGAAUACCAGUCACUUCAUGGCCGCCUGAAAGUAGAAAACAAGAAAUUAACUUGCACUUUUUUUGUUAUAUUCAAAUAUGCUUUUUUGCACUAGUGAACUUUCACAUCUUAAUCCGUUGGUUGGGCAUUGAAUAGGUAUAAUAGAAAUAGAGGUUGUACUUAAUCUAAUUAAAUAAUAGCAGUAUUUGUGAGGCAGUAAAAUGGAGUGAUUUUAAUAUUGGUAUUCUUACAUGACCUAAUAUGCUGUUUGUUUAGCAAAUAUACAUUCAACAUGAAUUAGAUGUUGACAUUUUAACAUUCUUGUCUAUUUCAGACGACAAUAACAGUUACUGCCAUUGUAAUUAUUAUACAUAACCUUUUUUUAACCGACAAUCGUGUGAAAUUGGCCUGUUUUGCUCUUUAUGCACUCCCAUUUGAUCAACAACAAAAACAAUUGCAGAAUAUAAAUACAUUGGAGAAGUGCCUCUGUUUUUCAAAACCCUUCCACUUGAAAAACACGACUAACUGAAGAUUUUUUAAAUAUGUACUGAUUUAUAAACCAUUCACUCAUAUCAUCGCUGAAACACUACAAAUGGCCUACCCAAUGGGCAAACAAGCCUACACGGAGACCCCGAUUUGCCUUCAAUAUCCAAAGGACAUAUCAACACCGACACACACACACACUGUAAGCUAACUCGUAGCUCGUGCCUUUGAAAGAGCUACUCGAUUGGUCAUGGACCAACGUUUCAAUCAAACCACUGCAACACACUGCCAACAUCCCAGAAUAAGAUCAGUAUGCAAACAGGAAUCACAUAUGUGGGCGUGCCACUGAGAGCCAGUGCAGGGAGGGAGCUGGUAACCGACCAAUACUGCGGAGGACAAGGAGAAAAACCGUGGCAACGGGUCAUUGAUGAGGUUGAUCUCUCUAGCGGUGGCUGACUAAUGUGUGCCGUUUAGAGGAACGUCAGACUGUUUGUUUCCAGAGCACCGUGCUUUUUGAAGUUAGUUAAGGUGGUGUUUAAGUGCUCGUUUCAAUCAGUUUGUUGUUAAGGGUUUCUCUUGUGACUUUUUCUGACCAAUGAAAUUUCAGGCUUGUACAAUAAAUAGUGAAAAAUAAA